AAAGUUUUUAUUUUGACUGACCAUUCUAAAAGUCAUAUCCUGCCGCUGAAAACUCAAAUAUCAAUCGAUUUUCUCUCUCCUCGUUCAUACCCGUUCUUUUUUCUCUCUGUCCGUUUAAUUUUUGUUUCUCUUACAUUCGCAUUAAGACAAUAAUUUUAAUUUUCGUUUAAUAUUAUACUUAUCCACCGCCAUGGACUCCGGCUGCGAGAUUCGGAUCCAUCAUAACCGGCGGCUACCGGACUUCUUACAGAGCGUGAAUCUCAAGUACGUCAAACUCGGAUAUCACUACCUAAUCUCUAAUUUAUUAGCCUUAUGUUUCAUUCCGUUAAUCAUUAUCACUUCAAUUGAAGCGUCUCAGAUGAAUCCCGACGAUCUCCGCCACCUAUGGCUCCACCUUCAAUACAAUCUUGUCGCCAUCAUUAUCUGCUCCGCUUUUCUCGUCUUCGGUUUGACCGUUUAUAUUAUGACCCGUCCCCGACCCAUUUAUUUAGUCGAUUAUUCUUGCUACCGUGCUCCUGAUCAUCUCAAAGCUCCAUUUGACCGUUUCAUGGAGCAUUCCAGACUCACCGGCGAUUUUGACGAGUCUUCUCUCGAGUUCCAGCGUAAGAUUUUGGAGCGUUCGGGCCUUGGUGAAGACACGUAUGUUCCUGAGGCUAUGCAUUCUAUUCCUCCGCAGCCGUCUAUGGCGGCCGCCAGGGAAGAGGCGGAGCAGGUUAUGUUCGGUGCUUUGGAUAAUUUAUUUGCUAAUACGAAUAUAAACCCUAAGAAUAUUGGCAUUCUUGUUGUUAAUUGUAGUUUGUUUAAUCCGACACCGUCUUUAUCUGCUAUGAUUGUUAAUAAGUAUAAAUUGAGAGGUAAUAUUCGGAGUUUCAAUUUAGGAGGCAUGGGCUGUAGCGCUGGUGUUAUCGCGGUUGAUCUUGCUAAAGAUUUAUUGCAAGUUCAUAGGAAUACUUAUGCAGUUGUUGUUAGUACUGAGAAUAUAACCCAGAAUUGGUAUUUUGGAAAUAAGAAAUCUAUGUUGAUACCUAAUUGUUUGUUCCGAGUUGGAGGUUCUGCAGUUUUGCUUUCUAAUAAAUCCGUUGAUAGAAGACGUGCUAAGUAUAAGCUUGUUCAUGUUGUGAGGACUAAUCGCGGUGCUGAUGACAAGGCAUUUAUGUGUGUGUAUCAAGAACAGGAUAGUGCAGGGAAGACUGGUGUUUCUUUGUCUAAAGAUUUGAUGGCUAUUGCCGGUGAGUCUUUGAAAGCUAAUAUUACUACGUUGGGUCCUUUGGUGCUGCCAAUUAGUGAGCAGCUUUUGUUCUUCGCAACUCUUGUGGUUAAGAAGCUGUUUAAUAAGAAGAUGAAGCCUUAUAUUCCGGAUUUCAAGUUGGCAUUUGAUCAUUUUUGUAUACAUGCUGGUGGCAGAGCUGUGAUUGAUGAGUUAGAGAAGAACUUGCAGCUUUCGCCUCUGCAUGUGGAGGCAUCGAGGAUGACUCUUCACCGCUUUGGGAAUACUUCAUCGAGUUCAAUUUGGUAUGAGUUGGCCUAUGUCGAGGCCAAGAAUAGGAUGCGCAAGGGAAACCGAGUUUGGCAGAUUGCUUUUGGAAGCGGUUUCAAAUGUAACAGUGCAGUGUGGGAGGCACUUCGGAAUGUCAAGCCAUCCGACAAUAGUCCUUGGGAAGAUUGUAUAGAUAAGUAUCCCGUGAAAUUACUUGUCUAACGCAAGAACAUAUGCAUUUUAGAAUUCCCCUCAAGUCAUUCAGUAGGAGUCGAACUGUUUUAGCUUUGCCUGCAUAGGUUUUAAAUUGUACUUUAUUGCGUCUUUCCAUAUGAUUUUGGAAGUUAAAGAGUACUAUUCUUGUACGCCAGUUAAUUAUACUCGUCUCAUAGAACUAUGGCAUUAGCAUUUAUUCAUCAUAAUUCAAAACUUUCGGCAUCAA